CUUACGUGCCGACGUAUUACGUGUCACGCAGCACCUCCCCCCUGCGCGCUCGCGAGCGAAGAGAUGUACAUGAAGAAGAGCAGUAAGUGAGCGGCUUCGCUGAGGUAGCGGCGCGGUAGGACGAUGCUCUUCAAUAUUCCUGCAACUGAAUCAAGGAUUGACACCUUGGGUGGGCGUUAUGUUGUGUACACUGUAUGGCUGGACGGUGUACUUCUGUGUAAGGUCCGCUACAGUGAGAUGCACAGGUGGAACGAAGAGCUGGGCAGAAUGUUUAAGGCCUGUCUGCCACGAUUCCCUCCGAAAGUGUACCUGGCCAUGACGCAGGAGCAGCUGGACGAGAGGAGGCUUUUUCUGGAGCAGUACCUCCAGGGAGUGGCCCGCAUUAGCAGAGUUGUGGCAUCAGGGGUGUUCUCCAGGUUUCUUCAAAAGAGGCAGCAGGAGACGUUAAGCAUUCACAGGCUGAAUGGGGUGCGGGAGGUGCUGUUACCAGAUGGGAGGAGUGUGACAAUCCAAGUGAAAGCAUCGGACACGGCCCAAACUGUACUGGAGACUGUCUUUGACCAGAUUGGUUUACCUGGAGAUCUGAGGGGCUAUUUUGACCUCUUUCUCGUGAAAGGAAAAGGCAAAGAAGACUUUCGUAUUUUGAAGAAACUUGUUCCCUGGGAGCUGCCACGCUAUACCCUGGAGGCAGGCAGGAUGGAACGCUGGGCACUCAUGAUCCGAAAGAGCUAUAUAGAUCUUACUUUGGACAGCAAGAUUAUUCAAGAAGGCUCUGGUUUAGAUCUACUGUGUGCGCAGGCCCAUGGAGACAUCGAGCGAGGCUGGAGCCUGCCCACAGCUGCACAGCGUCAGGAGCUGGAGGGGCUGCUGCAGGCGGGGCAGAUGAGAAAGUUUCUGCAUGCUGCCCAGCUUGUACAACAUUAUGGCUGCAUGCAGGUGGACAUCUGCACCUGUGACUGUCCUGAGCCAGACUUCCCCGCCAUUGUCAGGGUGGGUCACCAGAGUAUCACCUGCUGCCUCCUGUUACCUGGGAACAACAUCCAACAGAUUAGCUACCACAUCAGCAGAGUGAAGAGCUGGCGUGUCAGCCUGCUGGCACCGUCUGAUGAAGAAGACUUUAUAAUGGAGCUGAGUUUUGAAUAUAGAUUUGAUUCAAAAACAAAAUGGAUUACUAUUCAUUCUAGCCAGGCCUUCUUCCUGAGCACGUGCAUGGAUCAGCUUUGGGAGGAGUGGCAGCAAGGUUCCACAGACCCCAUGAACAAUGUUAGGUUCUUGGGCACAGCACUGAGGACGUGUCAUGGUGUAGAGGAGUCUGGGAGCCUUACAUGGGGGAGCACAGGGGAGGUUUUUGAAGGCAUUGCGGAGGAUGCUCUCUGAGACAGCAGCAGAACCACUCUAGGAGAACUGUGGGCAGAUGGGAGAUCCUCCGAUCCGGGACCUCCGUGUCUUCCAAUAGACGUGAGGUGUGCUUCACUGCAAAAUGGAUGCCAGGGAGUGGAUGGGUUGGGGGGGUCUGUCUUCUGUCAGGGCCCAUCCAGUCAUGGUGCAGCUGGUGGUGGUUCCAGAAGGCCUUGCCAAUCCUGAAUUUUCAGUGUUAGGGUCAAAUGAUAAACAAAUACUGUAUACUGCAUUCUUAUAGAACUUAGUUUUUGCUAUAGCCAAAUAUUGUUUGAAUUUAAUAAAAA